CUCCAUCGCGCAUCAAGCAUCUCGCAGCCUUUCAAACACUCCAAAAAACCAGCCAACCAUCUCGACACACCGCAUCCAAUCCUCCCCCCAUUCAUUCAAAAUGCCUUCCAUUCCCGAAGCCGGCAACACCCUGUCCAUCCCCACCUACACGGCCGAGGCCGAGAAGGCCGUGCAGGACCUCUCGUGGUCGCAGUCGUUCCAGACCAAGACGGGCCGCUACUACAUUGUCAAGGCCAAGAACGUGACCAAGGCGGGUGACGACGUGCUGCUCUACGUCCAGGACCGCUUCUACAAGGACGAGGCCAGCGCCGACUACAUUGGCAAGCUGCCGGGCGCCAGGAAGGAAGGUGGCCACUUCAUCGUCACCAUCAACGACCGCUUCCAGUACGGCCAGAAGAACAAGGAGGGCGAGAACCGCUGGGUCGCCCUCCACGACAAGAACAACAAGCCCUACCAGCACCGCUUCAUCGUCCUGACCAUCCAGGGCAAGGCGGCCGACUGGGCCAAGACGCUGGCCAAGACCUUUGGCGCCAGCGAGCUCGCUGAGACGGUGUCGCGUCUCGGCAGUUCGUUUGUUGGCGACUACCUGCACACCUUCUAAGUCACUUAGGCACAGCACACAACAAAACACAGCCUAGUCGAGAAGUUCUCUUUUUUCUGUCUUUUAGUGUCAGGGAGACAGAGAUGGUUAGUGCAGCAGAACGGGAGAAGAAGCAUUGAGGCUUUGAGAUAUACAUAACCAACUUCGAUUCUUGCACUCGUUAGCUACUCGUAGCGCACUUCCUUUUAAUUCCACAUUCCAAUGCUUCUCAA